UCUUUGGGCUCAUAGGGUUUCUAGUUUUCGGGACAAAGUUCUUUCAUUUUUCAAGAAUGCCCAGAUGCUCGAUUGAGGUUGAGCAUCCAGACAACGAAGAAGAAAAUUAACAAAAUCUUUGAGCUUUUCUUUUUAUUUUUGGUUUUUCCCCCCUGAAAGUAUUAACAAAUAAUCUUCGAGUAGAGAAAAUGAGCGCUUCAAGAUUUGUAAAGUGUGUGACGGUUGGUGAUGGAGCUGUCGGAAAAACAUGUUUGUUGAUUUCUUACACUAGCAACACUUUCCCUACGGAUUAUGUGCCCACCGUUUUCGAUAAUUUCAGUGCAAAUGUGGUGGUUAAUGGAGCCACCGUCAAUCUUGGAUUGUGGGAUACUGCAGGGCAAGAGGAUUACAACAGAUUAAGACCACUAAGCUACCGUGGAGCAGAUGUUUUCAUAUUGGCCUUCUCUCUUAUCAGUAAAGCCAGUUACGAAAACGUCUCCAAAAAGUGGAUCCCGGAGUUGAAACAUUACGCACCUGGUGUCCCCAUUAUCCUUGUUGGAUCAAAGCUUGAUCUUCGAGAUGAUAAGCAGUUCUUCAUCGACCAUCCUGGUGCUGUCCCAAUCUCUACUGCUCAGGGAGAGGAGCUGAAGAAGCUAAUAGAAGCACCUUUUUACAUCGAAUGCAGUUCCAAAUCUCAAGAGAAUGUAAAGGCAGUGUUUGACGCUGCCAUACGAGUGGUGUUGCAACCUCCUAAGCAGAAGAAGAAAAAGAGCAAAGCGCAGAAGGCAUGCUCCAUCCUAUGAAGAUGAUUUGGAAAACUCUGCUUUUUAUUUGUGGUUUUGGUAUAUUAUAAUCUUCUAAGUUAACGCUCCAUCAAUGUGUUAAUGGACAAACACCCAAGUUUGUUUUGGUCUUUUUCAUAUGUUCUUAAUACUAAUGGAGUUUCGAACCUAA